AUUUACACUGCGCUCUGAAUCCGAUUCUCUCAUACACACUCGCUGUCUUCAUCAUUCUCCCUCUCGGAUUCUCCGCAGAAAGAAGAAAUAGAAAACAGUAGAACUUUGCAUAUUUGGUUAGAGUAUUGGUUGUUGGACAUUAACUAUACUGAUUCAAGAAUCAAAGCAAUAAGUCAGACUCCAAGAACAGUGUCUAGGACUCUUGCUGGUAAUAUUCCAGAUUUAGGGUCUUGUGAAUUAUCCCAGGAAAUUAGUUAUCAAUUUAGUGAUCAAUCUUACUUUGCCGCAGGUGUAAGCAUGUCAACUAUCAAACUUCCUUCUUCCUGCAUCAUGAGAGCUGGAGCACAGAGCAUGAGUGCCAAUGCCCGGUUAUCUAAAAAACCUUCUUCUCUCGGUUCAAUAAAGAAUACCCCAAAAUCAUUUGGUUUUAAAGCUUCCUCCUCCUUCAAGGUAUCUGCAACUGCAACAUACAAAGUGAAGCUAAUUGGACCGGAUGGAACAGAGAGUGAAUUUGAAGCUCCUGAUGACGCUUACAUCCUCGACUCAGCUGAGAAUGCAGGAGUAGAUAUACCCUUCUCAUGCAGGGCUGGAGCUUGCUGUGCCUGCGCCGGCCAGAUAACAUCAGGUUCAGUAGACCAAUCCGAUGGAUGCUUCCUGGACGAGAGCCAGAUGGAAAAGGGGUAUGUUCUCACAUGUGUCGCUUAUCCAAAAUCGGACUGUGUUAUUCACACUCACAAGGAAUCUGAUGUCAAUUAACCAAUUUGAUGGGUGGAUGAAAUAAACUUCUCUUAGUUAGAGCUCGCUCUUGCUUUAGAAAAACCAUUGUCCGAAAUCAAAAUGGUAUUGUGAUGUAUUUCAGAUAUUAUAUUAAUGCAGUACAAUUAUCAGUUUAGCUCUUGCUACUGAGUUGUUACCCUCAAUGUGUAAGGAUAAUUUGCAUCAU